GCUCCGCUCCCCGAAUGACGACAGAGGAGGCGUGCGUUAGUGACGUCAGUUGCCCUGCCGCUCAUUCGUCGAGAAACUUCACGCCUCUCACGUGACGCAUUUUCGUAGAAAUUCUUUUAUCCUUCUUCCUUCGUCGACACCCGAAAUCACCGAGUGUCGGCUCGUAGUGUUUUCUUUUGCUCUCUCUUUUUUUUUUUUUUUUUUUUUAUUGCUACUUCGACGGUUUUGUUUACAUUUUUUUUUUACCUCUGUAAGAAGCAAUCGAGAGUGAACGUUGAGCAACGCUGCUGCGACAAAAUAGGUGGAAAAGAAAUAAAGCCAGCGGGCAGAUUAAUGCGCAGCUUGUGUGCACACUGACGGCAAGGCUACUGUGCGAGUGAAGACGCUCGGCUCUACGUCGGUCAUGGCAACGGUGACAGUGACCAUGAGCGGCCCCCUCCUCGCCACCCUCGUGUACGAGCAUUGCAACAGCCCGGGCGAUCAGGAGGGCUUCUUGUUGGGAGAAAUCACCAGCCGCAUCACGGACACUAUCAGCGAUGCCCAGCUACACAGCGAGAGGGAGGAGACUAACCUCAAAAUCUGCUCAAUCAUACCAUGCGACCUGUUCGAGUUCUACGACAAGAGGUGCCACCUUAUUGUGGAUAAGCUGGCGGCUCUUCUGCGAGACAAGCAAAAGGAAGUGGUGGGCUGGUACCGGUUUCGGCGAAACAGCAUCCUCCAGGCCUCCCUGCGAGAGCAGGUGCUACAUGAGCGGCUUGUGCAGCGCCUAGGCCAGGGUUUUGGUCACUACUUCCUUCUGGCCCUCUUCCGAGGCUGCACCUCGUCCAACGACUCCACCCAUGCCAUGGAGCACGUAUUUUUGCGCUCGACCGACUCGGCUUUCAAGCAUUACUCUGCCGUACCUCUGCGAAUUGUGAACUUGGGGGAACCAGGACAUUCGGACUAUCGCAUGUACCCUGGCUCUGCAGCCAGUAUCCAUCAGGGGGCAUUCUGCGAAGUGCUCAACUCUCUUGCACCCACAGAUGUGUCCGUUGAAAUGGUCUGCCACAUGCACAAUCUGCAUGGAUUGCUCCAUCGUAAACUGAGGGAAUUGCAAAACAGCGUUGCGGAUUCGGAGGAAAAUGUGGCCACAUUUGCAGAUGACGUUGCUCAGCUACGGGAGAAGUAUGCUGCCAUGAAGAAAGUUCUCGAGUCAUCAGCAUGUAACACAAGUGGCAUUGGAUCAACUUCCAAGUAACAGCAGUUUCAAGAGGUGUAGAAGGAGGUGCAUGCCUGUUUUACAUAUAUGAAUGCAAGUAGGAUUUUUUGGGAGCCUUUUCAAAAACAGUUCAAACAAGUGUGCAAAAGUUGGGCAUUUGAAUUUCCACUCAUGCUGUUGCUAAUAAACUUCUUAUCAUA